UUGGGGCAGACAGGAAGAACGCGGGUUCUUUAAUACGGCGGUGGCGCGCGUUAUCGGUUUGCCUUCUGUGUAGUCCCGUCAUCUGCGAGAGGACUGAACACCGAGUUGUGAGCCCAGCAGAAUAUCACCCUGCACUUUGGGGAUUGAAACUUAUUGCCUGGCUGCAGUGAACUAUGGGAGAGACUGAGAAAGUGGCAAGUGACCCAGCACACACAGAAUCCAAUAUCCAGAAAAAAGAAAAGGAGAAAAAGAAAAGGUCACGAGUUAACAAGGUGCUUGCUGAGAUUAAAAAGCAGGUUGAAUUUUGGUUUGGUGAUGUAAACCUCCACAAAGAUCGUUUCCUUCAGGAACAGAUUCAAAAAUCCAGAGAUGGAUAUGUUGACAUAUCUGUGCUGACAGUGUUCAACAAAAUGAAAAAGUUAACCACUGACGUAAAACUAAUAGCAAGAGCAUUAAGAAAUUCAGAUGUUAUUGAGCUUAAUGUAGAAGGAACAAAAUUAAGGCGGCGCAUGGCAUUAGGAGUGCAGCCCCAAGACAUUGAUGACCGUACGGUUUAUGUGGAGUUGCUACCUAAGAAUGUUACUCACGGCUGGAUAGAGCGUGUAUUCAAUAAAUGUGGAAAAGUAGUCUACAUCAGCAUUCCUCGUUACAAAACAAGUGGUGACCCUAAAGGAUUUGCAUUUGUUGAAUUCGAAACUCUGCCUGGAGCCCAGAAAGCCAUUGAGUUAUUGAACAAUCCUCCAGAAGAUGCACCGCGAAAGCCUGGUGUUUUUCCCAAAACAGUCAAGAACAAACCAGUUCCUGGUCUUAACUCCAGUGACAACAACCAGCCAGAAGAGAAGAAACAAUUUGUAGAAGAGAAGAAAAAAAAGAAAAAGAAAAAAUCUCGAAAGGCGGAAUGUUGCAAGUCAACCGCAGAAGCGACAGACCAAUCCCAUAAACAUGCUGAGGCCUCUGAAAAAGUGAGAGGGAACCGAAUUGUGUCUGACUGCUCUGAAACUGAUGUGCCAGAUCUUUGCAAGCCUAGACCAAAAGGUGAAAUGCGUAAACGAGAAAAAAUUGAAGAGACAAGUCGGAGAAAGCGAAAGAGAAGUAGUCCUGAAAAAGCGGAAGAACUAUCCUCUGCAAAAGUGAGGAGAGUCACUAGCAGAGAAAAAGAAAAGACAGACAGUGAGAAGGACAUCAAAGAUGCUUCAACUGAAGAUGAGCAUGGUUCAGGUGACAAGAAAGAUGAAUCUAUGUCAAAAAGCAAAAGAAAACGGAAGAAAAAGCACAAAGAUAGACACAAGGUGGAAGAGGAGGUUAUACCUCUGAGAGUAUUAUCCAAGAAAGACUGGAUGGAUUUAAAGCACGAAUACUUGGCACUGCAGAAGUCCAGUAUGUCCAACUUGAAGAAAACAAUGUUAGAAAUCAAACAGAAAAAUGACAGUGAGGGAAUUGAGGAGACUGACAAAACCAAACAGGAAUGUCUAAAUGCCAAAGCAAAGGUUAACGAUGAAGGAACCUGUCCCUCUGUGAAGGUUAACACCCUGGGGCCACAGUUUGUGAGUGGAGUCAUUGUGAAGAUCACCAGUACUGAACCCCUGCUGGGCAGGAAACAGAUCAAGGAUGCUUUGAUGAAGUUGUCUGAAGUUUUGUAUGUGGACCUCCUUGAAGGUGAUACCGAGGGACAUGCUCGGUUUAAAACUCCUGCAGAUGCCCAAUCUGUAAUGAAAGCACAUCGAGAAAUACAGAGUAAAUACAACUGGAAACUUGAACUUCUCUCAGGUGAUGGUGAGCAGCGUUAUUGGCAGAAGAUCUUAGUAGAUAGGCAAGCAAAAUUAAACCGACCACGGGACAAAAAGCGGGGUACUGAGAAGUUAAUUGGCAAGGCUGAAAAGAUUAUCGUGGCCAAGACGCACAAAGCUGAUGGAGGGAGCCAAAUGAUCUUCCAGUUCUCUACACCAACAAAUUGCAAAGGAAAGGCUGAAAUUUCGGCAGACAGCUUGGGGCAGGCCACCAGACAACCCUAUCAAGAAAGUAAUGUGGGAUCAUAAAAAACACAAAAUGCUGGCAGAACUCAGCAGGCCAGACAGCAUCUAUGGGAGGAGGUAAUGACGACGUUUCGGGCCGAAACCCUUCAUCAGGAGUAAUGUGGGAUCAUAUUUGGAUGAGGACCAUACUGAAGAAAAUGAUGACAAAGUUUUGUAUCAGAAGAAUUUGGUUAAUUCUGCAGUUUUAAUUAGAGAUACUACAAUGCAAUUGAUGUUUUGAGGCUUGCUUUCAUUAGUCAAACAUUUUUAAAUGUGAUCAAUACGUAUCUCUGUUCUCUCACUUGAACACAAACAUGUCUCUUCAACUGAAGCAUUUGUACAUGCAUAAUAUGGAUAUAUUUGAUUUCAGAUUAAUUGUGGAUUGCGAAUUUUUUAUAUAUAUGUAACUAGAUGUCAGAGUUUAUCUCUGGUUAAGGGUUAAAUAGGUGGUUGCUGGACGGUGCAGUUUGUUGGGCUGGAAAGGCCUGUCCGGCACUGUAUCGCCAAAUAAAUUAAUGAAUUCAAUAAAUGACGGCAUAUUCUCAA